UCCUGCAACAGCAGGUCUGUGGUGUGCGUGGAGGGGAGGGGGGGGCAGGAAAAGCCCGAGAGACAGAAGCAAAUAACGGUACGCUCCAACAUACAUGGAGCCCCCGACCCCCGCAUUUCGGUCGUCCCGCAUCCCGCCCGCGUCCUGUGAUGGUGACAUGUGAGCAGACGGACGCGCCGAGCGCCUUUUCAGGGGGUGAAGAAAACCAGCGGUCCACCAUUGUGUGCGCAUAAAUAAGAAGAAUGGCCUGGAUGUGGAAGAAGAAGUCCAUCAUCGCCACCAGUCUGAUCGUGGCCGUGUCCCUCUUUGUGGUGGUGGUGAACUUCUCGGAGAAGCCCUACUUCCUCCUGCAGCCUGUCUUUGGCCAGACGUUCAGCAGCCACUGGAUCUUCUCCAAGCAGUCAUACAAGGCGUUCAAGCCUCACCUCGGCUAUGUCAGCAUCCCAAAGCAGGAGCCUCUGAAGCUGAACUGUGAGCUGUGCAGCAUCGUGUCCAGCUCGGGUCAGAUGCUGGGCCAGGCCGCCGGCGCUCAGAUCGACCGCUCUCCCUGCAUCUGGCGCAUGAACAACGCUCCCACGCGAGGGUUCGAAAACGACGUCGGCCGACGGACCACCCUGAGGGUCGUCUCUCACACCAGCGUGCCCCUCCUGCUGCAGAAGCCGCAGCACUUCUUCGGCCAGGCUAACGACACCGUCUACGUGGUGUGGGGGCCGCUGCGGAACAUGAGGAAGGACGGAAAGGGCAUCGUGUACAACAUGCUGCGACAGGCGUCGGAGAACUACCCCCACGCUCGCAUCUACGUCACCACAGAGGACAGGAUGAACUACUGCGACAUGGUGUUCAAGAAGGAGACAGGCAAAGACAGGAUUCAGUCCGGCUCCUACCUGAGCACCGGCUGGUUCACACUCAUCCUCGCCAUGGACAUGUGCAAAGAGAUCCAUAUCUACGGCAUGAUAAAUGACACCUACUGCAAGACCGAGGGCUACAGGAAGGUUCCCUACCACUACUACGAGGCGGGCAGCCGAGACGAGUGCGCAGAGUACCAGCUUCACGAGAGCGCCCCCUACGGCGGACACCGCUUCAUCACAGAGAAGUCCGUUUUCGCCAAGUGGGCCAAGACCCACUCCAUCAAGUUCUUCAACCCUCCGUGGCAGCUGUCGUGACCCCGGCUGAGCCUGAGCAGGGGAAAAUCCACAUCCGAGAGGCUUUCAUCAGCAUCCAGAGACCAAACAGACAAACCUCUGCAGUGACUCAAGCAAACACACACAUCAGUUUUAAGCUUCACUCCAUAUCCGUUACUUGGUUCUGCUUUGGUCUUCAGAAUUGAGGCAAUCUGAAGGCUAAACGUGGGCAGCAUUUUUCAUACCGCUGGCUUCUUGAAUUGUACCUUUUCAGCAGACGAAUGUGGAACGCCUUCCUGCCCUGCGCUGACAGACCAAUCCGUUUGUGGCUCUGUGAGUCCAGCAAGGGACGCCUUGAGCUUGAGCGAAAGAGAAGAAAAAGAAGCUAUCUCGUGUUAACUCGCGCUGAACUUGGGGAAGAAUUCCAACCAGACGAGUCGUGUGGGUUUGAACAUCUCAUCAGCUUUUCUGCUGUUUCCUCUGAGAGCUCGUCUCCUGUCAGGUUGUAAUUAAUCUGUAAAAAGCUUCAUACAAGCCUUCAUAUCUGGAAGAGGGAGUACUGAAGGCAGAUGCUCUGUCAGUUUCAAUUUGCUGCGAUGCGUUGUUAAAAGGAAAAAAAAAUGCCUCUUCAUCAGCAAACAAGGCUGUUUGACAGAGAUCUGAAGCGAUCAAAAAUCAGGUUUCAGGUAAACCCAGAGUCGUAAAUCAGCUCCAUUGUGUUUCAACUUAAAGAUGUCAUCUCUUUUUUCUUGUUAUGAUCCAGUGCAACUGAAUUUCAGCGACUUCUUGUGGUUUCGGAUUAGUCUCUGGAGGGUUUGCUGAUUUACUGUGCCAAUGACAAUGUGAGCAGCACAGAGAGGGAGGUGCAAUUAGAAAAUCUAUCUCUCUGGAAGGAGUUUGUGGCCCUACAGAGGAGGAGAUUUAUGUGUGCAGUGAAACCAUUUGAAGUUAAUUGUAUCCCAUUAUCAUUUUGUGCCUGCAAUAUACUUUGCAGUUCAUUGUAUAGACAAAGAAGAAGAUGCAUUCACUCUCUUUCUCUCCUCUUCUCAUCCAGCUUUGUGCCUCUUUGUGUAACGCAUCGCCGUGCAGACUUUGUCCCAUUUGUCUCUGGUUGCGGCGUGCACGUCUCCUGCUCACUGACUUCUCAUUCGAAUGCAUCUGUUACAGGACAGUGAAGAAUAACCUGUGAGCUUCUGCUGGGUCCUACGGGACCAGAGGCGUCAACUGAAAGGAGUCAAAGACUUCUAAUUCAGGCAACCUAAUGCACAAAGGCGCAGAGAACAGCGAGAUAGAGCUGAGGUUUCUCUCCAAUUGCUGCUGCAAUGCAAGCAGACGGAGGAUCGUUGGGGUUUGCAGGUGAGCUGUAGUCACAUGUGCAAACUGGGCUAAAAGUUGGCAUGGAAAAUAAAUAAUUUCAGGGCACAAAAUUAGUUGCUUUAGCUUAGCUGUCAAAGCCGUUGAACAAAAUCGCUAAAUUAUCUUUGCAAGACAUCUUUUAAUUAACAAGAGCCAAAAGUGCCACACUUCAAAAUACAACUCAGCUCAAAAAGUUUGAAUAUCAUGAAGUUUAAUAUUGUUUAUUUUGUACUCAAGCCAUAAUCAUCAAAAUAGCAAGAAUUAAAGACUUUAAAUGAAUGGGCAAAUUCUCGGUUAUCUGGGUUAUCGCAACAGCAAACAGGCUUAAAGGUAAGGUAAGGUAAAUUUAUUUAUAUAGCACUUUUCAGUAACAAUACAUUUAAAGUGCUGUACAUGAACAGAAAAACAUUAUAGACAUACAUUGGAAAAACAAAAUGAAUACGCUAAAUGAAUCCGUGACUAGAAUUCUUUCAUACAUUAACAAACAUACAGAAAGAACGAGAUUCAUCACUAAAAAGUCUAAGAAAGCUACAGCUUGAGGUCUCUGAUAUGACCUUUCUGACCCUGCAGCUAAAACAGAAAGCAGCAGAGUAAGAGAAGAAAGCAUAGUAGAGGCAGUGUGUGCGUGUGUGUGUUUGUUUUUGUGUAAUCAUGUGUGUGUUUGUCUAUGAACUGUCUCAGAUAGCACUUGUAGCCAUUAGUUUUUGAUAGUGAAGGAACAUUAUCAGGCAGUUCAGUGGGCUCAAGGUCACAGAUGUCACAUCUCACAAGGCGUCUUGUUUACAUAUCAUCCAGGAGAAAUUAAGAUUGCAGGGGAGCCAGUUUGGAUAGCAGCAUUCGUUUUGGGCAGGCAGACUCUUGUUUUUCUGCCUGCCUUAAAGUCUCACUGGUUCUUCUCAAUGGCGAUUCGAAACAGCCAAAAUUGUGGUCAUUCUGCCAGAGUCCAGCUUCUAGCUUUCUCCCAGAUCGUUCCCAUCCUGCCAGCAAGUUCAAGAACCGCAGCUGACCUGCAGUUCUGCUUACACAGCAUUUCAGUCGGAGUGCUGGAAGCGAACAUAUCCCUCACAUAGUUCAGGCAGCCUUGACAUGGGCUGAACCAGCUGCUGAUGUUUUCAGUAUUCCUCAAUACUCCUGGUAACCGGCAGCUCCAAAAAGCAGAAAUUCUGUUAUCGUAAAUCCAAUUUUGAACACAUUUUCAACAUCCUCGACAGACAAAAUGGACAGACACACGAUCCUCUUCCCUACUGUGUGUCCAGCUGCACAUGUCCUCUCGGGCACAGGCGCUCUCCUUCGUCCAGUCUUCUCGUUGAGAAAAUUUGAUCAAUUACGUUGAGAGUCCAACUGACCAGAUCCAUAAUUUAUAGUUUGGAAGAUAUGUAAAAAGAGGCUCCAAAAAGAUCGAUAGGAGCAGGCAGGAAAGCGAGGGAGGGAGAGGGAAAAGGAGAGGAAGAGAGGAGAGAAAAGAAAAGCGUCCGCCUUCACCUAGAAGCAGGAAGAAAGGCAGCCGGACUAGGAGGAUGAGCCUCCAUGUGCUUAAAAACAGCUGCGGGGAGCUGGUGCCUAUCUCCAGCGAGAUGCAGUAUAAUCAGGACAUUCCUUCACUGGACAAUCAACCACGCGCACACACUUUUAAACUCUGGAAGCCUGAGUACCCAGAGACAGAGGAGGAGACCAUGCAGAACUAGCAUGAACAACCUCGUCUUGUCAUCCUUUUUGUUCUCAUUUUUUCAACCUGUAAAAAGGUUGAAAUGGGAUUCCCAAUGCUAAAAAACACAUUCUAAUGGAUUAUUAUAAAAACAAAACAUCUAAUAGAUUUUUUCCCCCUCAACCGUGGAUGAAAACAUUAAGAUUGAGCUGAAAGCCUGCUGGAAAAACAACCCCACAUUAAUGUGCCUCAAGUUAAAUGCCCCCCUGUGGAGUUUCCCUGCAAACAAACAGCAGCUUUGGUCACAUUCGGCCAAACUGCAUUCUUGUCGUGUUCAGCAAACACAAUGAUCAAACUCCAUUAAAACAUUCUUCCAGCUGCACUUAAAUAAUUCACAGAAAUAACAACCUGCAGAGGAACAUUAAAAGCCACAAACUCUACGUUUAGUUCAAGAGAUGUGUAUGUAGUCUGGAGAAUUUUGGUCAAGAGGUUUUUGGUGGUAAAAAAACACUUUUUAUAAAGUCAUUGCUUUCACAAAAUUAAUCACAGAAAUCAACAUAUUAAAUGGAAUUCACUGUAAAAUGCUAAAUAUUGCCGAAUUUGUUAUUCUGAAGAAGGGACCUACGGGGUCUGGGUUGUGGUUUUCAUCAUUAACACUUAUCUUCGCUGGGAGAGAGCGAGACCAUAUUGGUCGCUGCAGCUUCCUGUGAGACCGUUCGCAGCACAGGGGGCUGCUGGGGCUCUACUCAGUAGGAAUUAUAGCAUUUAAAGCCAAGCACUUAGUUUAUAAAGCAGGAAACCAGGUUUAUAUAAGUGCUGUCAACACGUUUUACCUUAUAAAACAUACAUUUAGUCAAAUAAAAAAUUGAAACAAUGAAUUUAAAACAAUAACAUGACCUUAAUAGUUCAAAUCUGCCCAUUUCUGUUUUUUUGUUCUCAUGCUGAUGCGCAAUUUUUAUUUUCACCAAAGUAUUAAUCAAACGUUGCACCAGAUACAAAACAACUAAACUGCAUCAGCAGUUCUCUGACCUAAAUGAUGAGAAUCAUGACCGUGAUUCUUCUGUAGAAGUACCGUGACAUUUUUCACCACACCAGCCUUGCGUAGCCGCCUGCUUUCUUUCCUCAUAUCUCAAACGCUAAGCUUUCAAAUUUGUGCAUUUUGCCUUUUUCUGCAGACAUUCAUACUGUAUUUCACAGCACCACACACAAGCAGAUUGUGCACACCACAGUAAAACGGCUUGGAUUGAUUGCAUGUUGCGGCUGCUGGAUUUGCAGCUUUAGCACACGUAAAGGGGUUCGGCAAUUAAUCUGUUAGUAGCUGUUAUAUUUUACUCUAGAGAUAUAAUCGCUUAAAAAGUGCUAAUUCAAAGCCAGCCUGGUGAAAACAUCCGAAGGAGUCCUUGAGAAAUAACACAGCUGCUUUGAUGAUUGGUCUUCUCAAUUAUUGAGCCUAUAUCUAGUUCAACCGUUAAACUGUUGUAAGCAUUAAAUCUAUUCCUGUAUUUUAAAUCUAUUUCUGUGUAUCCUGUAUACUCAGUAAACAUUUUAAUCACAAAACUAAAACCAAACUAAAUUAGUUAUUUUAAUUUGGUAAAGAAGCUCCAGUCUUUGUAAAGAUGCAUCGUUUUCGUGCAUAUCGACAGCCGAUCAGCCUGAGAGGUAAUCAAAAGAAAGUCAGUAAUGCAACUAAAAGCUCAGAAGCUGGCAGCUCUGGGGGUUUAAUCCAUGCAUUUUAGCUCAGUUUUCACUCAGAUGAUGAUUAUUGCUUCGCCUGCAAAUUGUGUGUCCGGAGUGUAGUUGUUGUUGCCUCUGCUGCGUGAUACUCCUGCGUCGGACCUGUUGUCACCUUGUUGCUCAUCGGAAAUCAGCACUGCUGACGAGAGCAUCGGCAAAAUGUAAAACGGUCCUGUUUUAAAUUCUUAUCGGCGGACAGAAGGUGGCGAGGACAUGGUAGGGGUCAGCGUUCCCAUCUCCUCGGGGACGACUUGUGCACCCCCAUCCAUGCUCCACAAGCAGCUGGGAAUCGAAGUAUCUGCUGAACAAUACAGUCUGAACAUGUGAGGAGGACCUCUUUAUACGCUGAAGGGAGACCAGACCCCCAUAGCCGUGCAUGUUUCCAGGUUACCAACCAUUUUUCUAGAUUCCCUCUCAGCCUGGGAUUGUUCAGUCAUCUGGCAGCUCGUCACCUCGCACGCUUACCUCUGCAGCAGCGUUUCCAGCACACACUGUAACAGCCUUUCACUCGAUGAGGGAAGUCAUGCUGUGAGCCGUGUUUUAUUAUCAUCUAACGUGACUUUUAAUAGAUCAGUUCAAGGUUUGCUUCAAACCGCUAAUAUCUUUUAUUGCAUGUUUUUUCUUUUAAUGAUGGUUGCCUUUAUUGUAGUUUGUAUGCAGUUUUUUUUUUUUUUUUUGCUUAUUUUCUGAUCAGCAAUCCCUACAUUUUGUUUAGUUUUAAUGCUGAAAUAAAACCAAUGGAUUACACAGUGUAUGAGAAAGAAUAUAUCUAAAUGAAUGAUCUGUGUCCCAGUCAAAAACAGUCAUGUCAUAAAUUAAAUUAUGGCUGAAUUUGAGUUUCAGAAGAUUGUAUUACCCUGAUGUUAAGGAAAGAAAUCACAGGAUAGUUGCAGCAACAUGAUGUAAAACUAAAAAUAAUUAAUAAAUUGAUCAGCUUGGACCAUCAACACUCACUAAUUAACAUGGUAUAUCUUAUGUGCAAGCUGCAAAGCAUAAAAAGGUCAGGUUGACAUUUUAUGUUGGUUUCUGUGCGUGAACACUAUUUAUGGGCUGUGUUAUUGCAGCACAAAAAGCUGUUUCUAUCCAGCUGCUUCCAGGUGCUUUUUCUAUUUGUGAGCAAAAACGGCUGGACUGAAACUGUAUGAUCUAAAACACCUUAGAAAAUCACAAAUACAAGUCAUGUUUUCAUACAGCUCUCUUCAAAGGCCUUGAGUCAUCCUUCAAAUUCCUUAUAUUUUGUUUCCAAUGACCUUCACUUCCUUGUCCUGUUUUAAAGUUGUUUUAAUCUCUAGUUCUACAGGAUCUAUGAAAGUUUUCCUGUGAACUCUAGCUGCUUUUCACUCAUUUUCAGGCAGGUUUCUGUUUGUUUGUGAAUCCAUCUGACUCUUGCCUGUCCUCUAUUCAUAAAAUGCUUCCUAAGUUCAAAGGAAGAACCAGGUUUGUGUUGCCAGGACAACGUGCCACAGGACUGAUUGGAUAUUUACAUUUAGCGGCCAGCAGACUGUCACAGAGAUUGAAUUUGAUUGAAAAUACUAGAAACUGCAGAAAAGGUGGUUCUUAGAGAGUUGUCAGUUGAAAUGAUCAGAUGAAGUGUCCUGGUUCGGUUUUUUUCCAGGAUUUGUUUUUAUUUCUGAUACCCCUAGCACUGUGUGUAUCUGCUUUGUGUUUCUAUAGGGGACAAAGAUACACGGCUUUAAGUAAAUAAUGAUGCGGCAUCACCUUUCCACCCACACGACAGCUGAUGUCCAGCUAAACCAGACUGCUGCAGUCACAAUUUGUAGGACUUUGAGUUGAAUUUGUUGGAUUUCUCUGUUCUGGUUCCGUCUAAUCCUCUGGAUUUCAUGUAUUGUUAUUUAGCUCUCUGCUUUCCUUGUGUCCAUUUUGCUCAGUUAUUUUCCCCAGUUGCCUUCAUAAUCGGUAACUCUCCCAGCCGUUCUAGAUCAGUUCCUUUUUCUAAAUUAUCACACACCUCUGUGUUUAUACUUCGAGUUUGCUUUCAGUCAUGGUCAGAUCCACCUUUUCCUAUCUCCCUGUCUCCACGGUUUUCUUCUUGUCAGUAACCAUCAUGUUCGUUUUAAGUCACAAAUGUAGCAAUGGUACAAUAAUAGCGCUACUUGAUCUCAUGUUACACCAUGCAGAUGCUCUGUCUGCACUGAUGGAGAUUCUCCUACUUUGACAUGCUUGGAGUGGCAGGUGGUGGAUAUAGCAGUGGAGUUGGAUCUCUUUUUAUUUAUAAAUUUAGCUAUUAAAUAUUUAACCACUCGGGGGCAAUCCUAGACUUUGUAUAGAACCUCAUAUGUAGAUUCAGCCCAAGAUUGUCAUGUGACAAUUAAUUAUAGAGCAAAAAUAUUAAAAAAAAUUGCCAUUUUUGUGUUCCCUACUGGUUUACAUUGCAUAUUUUUUAUACAAGUACUGAACAAUAAUUGUCUGCUAUAGUCUAAUAUGAACACCAGACUGAAAUGAGUGAAAAAGCAGCCAAGUAUGAAGAAACAACAAAUAAUCCGGGCCCAUUUAAAGGAUUAUAAGUGAUUUUGGCACACUAUAAAGUAAAAUAUAAAGAAACGAAGGAUGAUUUCCGACUUUGACAUAGUUCUCGGGGUAUGGAAGAUAAACACAACUACUUGCAGCUUUAGACAUAAUUUUUAUGGCUUGUAAAUCCAGAUUUGGAUGCAAUCAGAGAACAAAUAGCUUUACUUAGUUUUCAUCCUUGGAUUCCUUCUAUGUCAUCUCCAUUCAGUUUAUUUUUGCCUUAUUUGAGCUGUGAUUCUAGCACGAUUCUGCAGCUCUAGAUGGAGAAUUAACACCAACUGACCAAUAUCCUAAUAACCCAGCCCUGUACCAACACUCUGUAUUAGAUUUCAUAUAUUUACUCAGAGGCAAUCAAAAAUACAUUGGUGACAGUGCUGGGGUCAGUAUGUUGCUUAAAAACAGGUCAGCUAAAAGACUGAGAACACUGAGAACACCAUACCCAUACUGGAUUUUGUAAAACCCAGGUAUGAAGAGACCCAUAACCUCCUAAUGAGGUUUUUCCUCUGGUUAGUGUUCAGGUAUGAAUCUCCUAAACAAGGAAAAGUAAUUUACAGGCCUGUCUCCUGAACAUUUUAACAUUUUUAAUAUUUUUUUGUUUUAAAUUUGCUUCUUUUUAUUCCAGAACUGAACUUGUUAUUCAGUUUCAUUCCUCCUCUAACAUAAAAGUGAUGGAUUUUUUUUUUUGGGACUUUGCUCUCUAAAUGUAAAUCAAGAAAAAAAGAAACGGGGGGUUAAGGGAAACCGAAGGUCAUUUAGUUGAAAUAGAAAUUAGAGCGCGCUGUACAAAGGAUGAUAUUUUGCUUUCAUCAUUUUCCUGUUGUCCACAUCGUGCUUCAGGAGCAGCUCCUUAAAGAAGGUCUAAUUGUCUGAUUUGAAUUCUUUGUGAAGCAUUUUCUUCCUUCAUGACUUUAGCUGCCAAUUUCUCAAAGUGCUUUCUCACAAUGGUAUUUCUAUCACCUUCUUUCCUGUGCUUUUUUUUUUGGCAUUGUAAUGCACUUUCCUUUCCAUCAUUCAGCUCAAGUGUCCUUGCAAAAUUGUAUCACUGGUUGUGUUUGAGCUGCACAGAAUGUUUUUGUAACACAUCUAAGACACUCCUGCUGUCUGAGGGGAAAAACGCUGCAUGUUGUCGAAGCGUGCAUUUUGUUGAGAAGUGAUUAUAUGUUGUUAAUCUGUCAGUUGCUGUCUGCUUUUUUGGCUAUUAUUAGAUUCAUUGUGAAUGUUCUUCUUUCCAGUGAUGUAGAUUGUGUCUUCUGUGUGUUUUAUUCUCUUUGGGGAUUAAAGGAAUCCACCAAACAACCUUUAUGUGAUUAAAUUCCUCUCAAAACAAAA